GAUCCCCUCCCACCAUCCCCUCCGAUACUCUCUCCCCAAUCCUGUCCUCUUCGCAACCCUCCCCUUUUAUCCCCUCUCCCCAACACUCCCCUCUUCUCAACCCCUCCCUCUCCUUUGAUCCCAUUUCUUUGCCACAUUUGGAAUAUUGUGUACAGUCUUGGUCACCCUGCUGCAGAAAAGAUGCCAUCAAACUAAAAGACUGCUGAGGUGAUUUAUGAGGACAUUGCCGGGACUCGAGGUUGCUGAAUUAUGGAGAGAGGUUGAGCAGGUUCAAGUAAAGCAGUUCUUCAGAAGUGGUCACACAAACAAUUGGGCUGUGCUGGUGUGUACAUCCAGAUUCUGGUUCAACUAUCGCCAUGUCGCCAAUACGUUGUCAAUUUAUAGGAGCGUCAAGAGGUUGGGGAUCCCAGACAGUCACAUUGUGCUGAUGCUCGCAGAUGACAUGGCGUGCAACCCACGAAACCCAAAACCUGCCACCAUUUUCAGUCACAGGAACAUGGAGCUGAAUGUUUAUGGAGACAGUGUCGAGGUUGACUACCGAGGCUAUGAGGUUACUGUUGAAAACUUUUUGCGGGUGUUAACAGGCCGCUUACCUCCCAGUACUCCCCGAUCCAAGCGUCUACUUUCAGAUGACAGAAGUAACAUUCUGAUCUACAUGACGGGGCACGGUGGCAACGGAUUCCUAAAAUUCCAGGAUUCUGAGGAAAUUACAAAUGUGGAACUUGGAGAUGCAUUUGAACAGAUGUGGCAGAAGAGAAGGUACCAUGAAUUGCUUUUCAUCAUUGACACUUGCCAGGGGGCCUCCAUGUAUGAAAAAUUCUAUUCUCCAAACAUAAUGGCUCUGGCCAGCAGCCAGGUUGGGGAGGACUCCCUUUCGCACCAGCCUGAUCUUGCCAUCGGGGUCCAUCUGAUGGACAGGUACACAUACUAUCUCCUUGAGUUUUUGGAAGAUAUUCGUCCAGCCAGCCAGGAUAGCAUGAUUGAUUUGUUCAAAGUCUGCCCCCCGAGUCUGUGUGUUUCUACCCCGGGGCACAGGACUGACCUGUUUCAAAGGAACCCCAGCGAUGUUCUCAUUACAGAUUUCUUCGGCAGUGUGCGCAAGGUGGAAAUAACAACCGACGUCAUCCGGUUGAUGCCAAAUGACACUGAAAUUGAACAGAGCCAUAUCCCGGAGAGCCAGCCGACUCAAGCACUGAGAUAUGUGGACCAGCUUGCGGUGGCACAGAUAAUUCAUCAGAAGCCGAAGAGGAAAGACUGGCACCCUCCGGAUGGGUUCAUCCUGGGUCUGUGGACACUGAUCCUCCUGGUCUUCUUCAAAAGCUACGGACUGAAGCACCUCAAGCAUAUAUUUUGAGAGGCGUUACUGAGCUGGCAGCAAGAGCCAGAUUCCUCAAUGCACUGCUGUAAAUUAUUUCUCAUUGAUUCUUGUGGGGUUUUUGUUUGUUUGCAGUCUACCGGGGAGGGUGAAAGAUGGAGGGAGUGGCGAGUCUGAGGAUAUAUUUGCUCAUCUCAUUUAAAGUUGGGGCAAAGCUAAACUUGUAGAGUGUAGGUGGGUUGAGAAUUUCUGGUUGAAGCAAAGGAUAGAGCAGGGCGUCUCCCUUAAGUCAGGGUGUGACUGGAUUCGAGCUGUGUUGUGUUGUUUAGAAGUGGAGGGUGACAUCACAUUUAUCCUAUUAGUUUCCUCUGGAUUAUGGCAAAAGGGAAAAGAAAGAGCUUUGAAUGUAGGUUAAUUACAAUUUGGUUGUGAAAAUAAAAUUUGUUCUAAAAAAGACAAUGCAACAAUAACAUGCACACAGUUUAAUUUCUGUUUUAUCCUCUUGCGUAAUAAAAAAGGAAUGGAAUACUU